UCAGUAGACAUUUAAUGGAAGAUUGUAACUAGAAACAAAGCUAAAAACAAAGCCUUUUGGCGUGUGCUGACCAAGUCUACAUAUUCGUGUUAAACAACAAGUCAUCUAGGAGCAUGAAAACAGCCAAAAAUGAGUUGGGAGAUAUAUCCCUGCUAUAUACAAUUUGUGCAAGAAAAUAAAAUUGACAAAGAGCACAAGAAGAUAUGUCAGAGACCAAACCAGCUGAGAAUGGAAUCAAAAGCAUUCAAGGCUUCUCUACUGUUCCUCCUGAUCAUCAAUACGGUAGCUGCUGAGAAUGAUGAGUUCAUUUACAAUGGAUUCGCCGGCGAGGAUCUGUUUCUUGAUGGCAUCGCAAACAUUGCACCAGAUGGCUUGCUAUUUCUGACCAACACAAGCAAGUAUAUGCAGAGCCAUGCGUUCCACAAGAACGUGAUCCAAUUCAAGAACACAUCAGAUGGUAAGCUUAGCUCUUUCUCCACUUGUUUCGUUUUUGCCAUUGUGACGGAGUAUUCUGAUGUUGGUGGCCACGGUCUUGCACUUGUGAUCUCCCCAACAAGAGGUCGCCCUGGAGCACUCCCUGUCCAAUACCUUGGCCUCUUCAAUUCAUCCAACAAUGGAAAUUCCUCUAAUCAUGUUCUUGCCAUUGAAUUGGACACCGUGGACAACAUCGACUUUGAAGAUAUAAACAACAAUCAUGUCGGUGUCGAUAUCAACGGUUUGAAAUCGGUGGCGGCUGCUCCAGCAUCAUAUUUCCUGGAAGGAAAUAAAGGGUAUAAGAACUUGACUCUUCUCAGUGGGAAGCCUAUGAUUCUUUGGGUGGAGUAUGAUGCUCUGGAAAUGAAGCUCAAUGUAACAAUCUCUCCAAUUAAUGUACCAAAGCCAAGUCUUCCCCUUAUAUCUCUGUCAAUUAAUCUCUCCUGGGUUAUCUAUGACGCUAUGUACAUUGGUUUAUCUUCAUCAUCUGGUUCUGUCAAAACGUCUCAUUAUGUGUUGGGAUGGAGCUUUAAACUAAACGGGAAAGCCCCUGGGCUCAAUCUCACUAGCCUUCCUUCACUUCCAUUACCUGAAGAUGGAAAAAAUAAAGCUUUAAAUUUUAAGUUAUACAUUUUAGUUGUUGCAUUUCUGCUCGUAACUGUCAUUGGAAUCGCAUAUGUCGUGGUAAUGAAGAUUAAGUAUGCUGAAGUUCUGGAAGACUGGGAGGUUGAAUACCAACAUCAUAGAUUCUCAUACAAAGACCUUUACAAAGCUACCAAGGGUUUCGAAGAAGAUGAACUCUUGGGAAUUGGAGGUUUUGGCCGGGUGUAUAAAGGGAAACUCCCUAUGUCAACAGCCAAAAUUGCAGUCAAAAGAAUACCCCACGAUUCAAAGCAAGGGAUGAGAGAAUUUGUUUCAGAGAUUGUAAGCAUCAGCCAACUUUGCCACAAAAACUUGGUCCAGCUUCUUGGUUAUUGCAGGUGCAAAGGGGAGCUCCUUCUGGUGUAUGAAUUGAUGUCCAAUGGAAGCCUAGACAAGUUCAUCUUUGAUGACUCUGAGAAGAAGAAACUUAACUGGAGACACAGGUUCGAAAUCAUAAAAGGCGUGGCUUCAGCGCUUUUAUACUUGCACGAGGAGUGGGAAAAGGUUGUCAUUCACCAAGAUAUUAAAGCUAGCAACGUCUUACUAGAUGAUGAUCUAACAGCAAAAGUGGGGGACUUUGGCCUUUCAAGAUUAUAUGAUCGUGGAAAUGAUCCUAAGACAACUCAUGUAAUUGGAACCUUCGGUUACAUUGCUCCAGAGCUCAACAAAAAUGGCAGGGCAACUACCUCCACAGAUGUAUAUGCAUUUGGGGUAUUCUUGCUUGAAGUUGCAUGUGGAAGAAGACCAAUUCUGCAGGAUGCUUCACCAGAUGUUCAGAAUUUAGUAGACUGGGUAUCAAACAAUUGGAAAAGAGGGACGAUUAUGGAUAGCAAGGAUGUUAAACUGGGGACUGAUUUUAGGCCAGAGGAAGUUGAACUGGUUUUGAAGCUUGGGUUGCUAUGUUCGCAACCUUCACCUAAUGUUAGACCAAGCAUGCGCCAGGUGGUGCAAAUACUAAAUGAAAUAACUACAGAUGGUGCAGAAAUUCAGUUAUUCACAAAUGGGCAAUAGGAAAACUUCUCUAGC